AGAGCAAGGGAAAUAUAUGUACAUAUGGAUGUUUUACUUUAUCUGUAUUUUUUUAAUUUCUAAAUGGUAACUACAUUAAAAAUUUAACAAUGUUUGAAACAUUGUACAUAUAUAACACGAACAAUUAAUAAUAUAAACAGUUGCCGACGGUGGUCUAUAUUUAUAGUGCUAAAAUCUUGAUGUUGAGUAAUUUAAGUAGCAUAUUUGUUAAAAGGUCUGCGUAAAUUAUCCAGUUUUUUUAUUAAAUCUAAAAUUAUGACAUGCCAUGUUUGGCAUAAAAAUGGGUCAGUGUUUACCUUAAAAGUGUGUGUAAUAAAGUGUGUGCAGUAAAGGCUAGGACCCCAUCAGGGGUUUCACUCAAUGGAAAAUACUUAAAUUAAGUAGAUACAGAAGAAAACUAGUUUUAUGAUAAAAAAUGCCUUGCAUUUGACUUUAGAGCUUUUCUCACAUGACAUAAUUUUUGCUUUCAUUUUAGAUUUAUUUUUAAAGCAGAUACUUACAUGUACGUGCAUGUAUAUAUGCCAUUUAGUUGCCUCUUUCCCCUGCCAGUUUCUUAAUUUGAAAGAUUUUACAAAAUUAUAUUUGUAUAAAUUUGUUUCGCAUUAAAUUCUACCCCUCCGAAUUGCAACUGAAAUAUUUUAGAUUUAUUUGAUCAACAUGUAUGUUUAUGGUUUUCAUUGGUAAAAGAACACAAAGCUGUUUGUUUCUUAACUCACUUACCAGAACUAAACUAAUGUUGUGUUUCUAGCUUUAUGUCCACCUUCUGUUCUUUUCCGCCUCUUAAUCAAAAUUCCUAACCUUAUUGUUCAUUUUUUUUAUCUUUUAACAAAACUAAGCAACAUUUAAUUAAUACAAUUAGUUUUUAGGUUAUAUCUAACUCUAUGCUUUUGUUGUGUUACUUUUAUUGUGUUCUCCUUGUGUUUUACAUUAACUAUCCAAAUCAAUUAAGAUCGUGUUGUCAUUGUUAUUUUUAUUACUCUACUUGGUUUAUAAUCUACAUUUGAGGUACUAUGCAAUUACGAAUCUCUUCAAAUGAUAUUGCUUAUAUGCACUUACAUAAUGUAUUAUGUAUUCCAACACUUAUUUUGUAAGCUUUCGUUUUGUGGAAUGUAAAAAUAUUUGCAAAUUUUGUAGAAAUGUUUAUAUAUUUUACUCGUGAUACAAUAAUCACAAUUUUUUGUGAUUGUGGUACAUGCAUGACUUUGAUGCAUGAUUUAAAGAUGUAUUAUUUAUAAUGGAAAUUAGGUUUGUUUUUCUCUUCAAUCUGCAUGCUUGUUAAAACAACAAGAGUUAUUUUCUUUUUUUAUAUUUGCUAUUUUAUUUGUUCAAGAGCUAUCUUUAAUUGCAUACAUUCCCUUUUCGAGAGUUUUAUAUAAUCUUAUUGAAAUAGAGAUAAUCAAUAUGUUCGUUUGUCUUUCUUCUUAUGUGACAAGUAAAGUUAAAUCAUAACACAAUUUGCGAAGUAGUUAUAAGUGACUAUAGCUUUCCUUUAAUUUAACAAAUCUUACGACAUGACAUUAAUGAUUGGCUUAAUAAAUUGACGAUAACAAUAAAAGAUGAAUUGAAUAUUUUCAAAAUGUUAAGUCACUUGUACAACAACUGUUGCUGUAAUUGAUGGUAAUGAUUUAGAGAGAAUAUACGAAUGGAUGUAAUAGUUUUCUAAUAAAACGAAUUCGUAAUCACAUCGACAUUGUAAUGCUUUCCAUCACGAAUGUCUGUAUAUAAAAUUGUUUAAAUUUUGUAUGAUCUCUUUUCUAAACCUUGCUUAUAAACUAUUAGAUAUCGGGGUUUGUUUAUAUUUAAGGUUUAUACACCCCGGACGAUGCAUAUACCGAGGAACCAAGUAGUACUGAACAGUCUGAUAAAGAAUCAGAACAUAGUCUAACUAUCAAAGAGAUAUUGUCUGUAGUGUUAGUACCUUUGGUCCUCAUCAUCAUCUUAGUGGUAGUAAUAGGGUUUAUUAUUGCAAAACGGAGGAGGAAGUACAAGAGGUAUCCAUCACAAAGACGAUUUGGUCCAGUGGAGGAAAUGAAUCCUAUAUAUGAUGGAAUGGCUUUGAAUAUAAACAGUGAAAAGAAAGCUCAGUUUGCAAUGGAUGGGUAUGAGAUAGAUUAUUCCUGUCUAGAUUUUAUCUCUGUUAUCGGAGAGGGUGCUUUUGGAAAAGUUGUCAAAGCAGAGUAUUAUCCUAAUCCUGAAGAUAGAAGAAACCAACAGGGAACUAUUGUAGCUGUCAAAAUGUUGAGAGACUUUUAUACCGGUGAUGAGUCCAGGAAUUUCCUGUUAGAGAUACAAGCUAUGAAGAAUUUAGGUCACAACCCUUACAUAGUUAGCAUUAUUGGUUGCUGUUUGACUGGGCCUAAAUUAUGUCUUAUCAUGGACUAUUGUGCCUUAGGGGACUUAAGAAAUUAUCUCAGGAAAUAUAGAGAGAAACUGAUGUAUUCAAUAUCUACGCCAUAUGGACUAAUGACAAAGCCAACAAACUGUUAUAUGCAAGAUCAGGUGUUCCGACCUGAAAAGCAGACUAGCGAUGGAAGUGGAAGUUCUGAUUUGAGUGAAACUGCUGAAAUAUCUGAAGCACAGUUGAUAUCAUAUGCCAGACAAAUAACUAUGGGAAUGGAAUUUCUUGAACAAAGAAAGUUUGUACAUAGAGAUUUGGCGGCAAGAAAUAUUUUAUUGUUCGACCAUCGCCAUGCAAAAAUAUCUGAUUUCGGACUUACAAGAGAUGUUUAUGAAACAAAUGUCUAUCAACCAACUUCAGCAAGAAAACUACCUUACAAAUGGAUGGCGAUCGAAUCGUUAUUUAGUCAAAGAUUCACCGUGAAGAGCGACGCAUGGUCGUUCGGAAUUGUGUUGUGGGAAAUUGUUACAUUAGGAGGAUCCCCGUAUCCAAGCAUUCCAUUAAAAGACUUGUAUGGUUUACUUAAUGACGGUUACAGAAUGGAGAAACCUGAAAACUGUAGCACAAAAUUAUAUCAGAUAAUGCUUUCUUGCUGGCAUCCAAAUCCAAACAGCAGACCAACGUUUACACAGCUAAGGAUUGAAUUAGAAAAACUACUAGAAGAAACCAUGUCGUAUAUUGAUCUGUCAGUAGAAGUUAGCGAAGAUUACUUCAAUGAGUCAGCAAAUGAGUCAGUUGUACCUGGAUAUCAAACGCCAAAUGAUACUUUUUCCGAAAUGGAAACUGUCAAAAGUCAGGGGAAUAUAGAAAACGAAAAGUUAUUUGUAGACAUCCAUAAACCUGGAUCAAUGGACACACUACAUAAACAUACUGCUGGAAACGACAUAUCAGAAGACAGGACAGGCUACGACGAUUCGGAUUAUUUAGAAAGUGCAUUGAACAGGCCAUGUGACUCUUGCCGAGAAGAAAGGCCUCUGCUUGAAAAUAAUACGCCAAAUACAAUAAGUGAUUGCAAACAUUGCAUUGCAUGUGGUAGUAGAACGCAAUCUGACGAUUCAGUUAAGUGGAAACCAAGUCAUUUGGUAAAAUCUGUGUUCCAAGACAGUUUGCGGAGUUUGCUAGAUAACGUUGGCAAUGAGUCUGUCGUAUCAUCAAAAGCCUCCGCUAAGAAACUUUGUGUAAGUUUGACAAAUCUGAACGAUAGCAAAGGCAUAGAAUCUACUUCAUUGUAAGGGUUGAUCUUGUCAUUUGAAUUACACAUUGCUUUGUUGUUUUAUUAACAUUCCUAGUACAAAUGAAGAUGCUUUAUUGACAGCACAUCGUUUUGUGAUGUUUAGAUUAAGUAAACAUUACAAUAUAAUUUCUUUACUAUGAUUUCGAAUUUUAGUCUUUAGAUUGCGCAAAUAUUUGAGUUGUCAAUAAAACCUGCAUAUGGUUUGUACUGCUGAUCUAGACAUGUCUUUAUAAGUUUCAUUCCGUAUAUUUUCGUUUUGAUGAUGACUUAGUCUUAAAACAGUCAUUUUCAUCAAUGUGAGAGUACAUGUAAAAUUAUUAUACAAGGUGCCUUAUCACAUUAUUGCUCAAUUUACAGGUAUUUUAAUGUAUAAUAUAGACCAUAAAAUGGUUGAAAAAUAGAUAAAGAUAACAUUUGUAUAUACAUGUAUAUUAGAUGCUUCGUCCUAUACUUUGCUGUUCUCAGUUGUUUUAGAUAAAUUCUUUCGAAACAUUUAAGCAGAACAUAUUCUAAUUUAUGCUGAUAAUAACAAUCAUCCAGUUUGCAUCACCAUCCUUAACAGGGAGAAAUAGUUAUACACAAAUAUAUUUUAAACUGUAUAAAUAUUCAUUUUUUGAGCUUUAAAUCCAUUUGUCUCAUAAUGUAUAUAAAGGCUACGUUGGUAAUUGUUCAAACUUAGUUACUCUUUAAAGCGAUCAGUAUCAUCUUAUUGUUAUUGAUUCAUUUAUUCGCCCAUAUUUCAUGAAAUAUAAAACAGUCUUUAUUUGAAGUUAAGCAUUCAUUGAUAUUUAUUUGUUUAUAUGUAUGUAUAUAUAAUUAUAAUAACUUUGAUGAGAAUUUUAGUGAUAAACAAUAUUUUUUAUCAAAACCGGUGAAAACUUUUUUUCAGCUACUUUACUAUUGACAUAAUUGUAUUCGAAUCUUUAAUAUCGAUACAUAGUAUACAAAUGUUUUACAGAUUACAGUUGAUUAUUAUUAUUAAUUUGUGGUAUAUAUUUUGAGGAAGAUAAUUAUUAUAUUGUUUAAUAUAGAUAAUCCUAGCCAAUCCGGUGAUCUUUAAAUGUUAAGUUUUCAUAUUUAUAUUAAAGCAUUUAAAAUGUUGUUAUUUGCCUUAUAUAGUAAACAAAAAUAGUUGAAAGUUAUCUAAAAAUGUUAUCUUUGUUCAAUCUCUUUUUCAAGUAAUCAAUUAUUCAUUGAUACAUGGGUAAUACAAGAUAUGUUUUAGACUAAAUCGUUAAUACAAAUAUUCCAAUCAGUUUAUUUUCGUUUCAAUUAAGUGUACAUUAUCAAAUAUAUACGAUUGUUUUGGAUUACGAUUUCAAAGACUUCAUUAUUACAUAUCAGUAUUCAAUAUUGUUUUCUUUUCAAAGCUAAACGACCAAUAAUCAAAACCGACUGUUUUAGAUUACUAAAAGUAUACCCCCUUGAUAAUUAAUUAUGCGUCAUCUCUGAUGUGCUGUAACGACUUAACACACACAAUUAGUUUCAUUGUAUGGCAAUAAUUGUAGUUAAAUUGAGUUUUUUAGUGAAAGAGUGAAAAGAUAUUUUCCUCGUUCGAGUUUAUCUUAUUUUAAUUAUUCUUAAAAUGACUUACUUUUUAUCGUGUACAUGUAACCCGACGAAAUCAUUAUAAUUUCUAAAAGAAUUUCGCUCAAUACAAAGGAACAGAUAUUAAAUUGAAUUGGCCGAUUUUGAUUAAGGGCCGUGUACCUUUUUAAAUUUGUUGUAUGUUAAAAUGACAGUAAUGCUCAUCUAUUAUAAAGAUUUUCAUUAAAUACAGAAAGCACGAAA